ACUGUAAGCCCCAACAAAGUUAAGUCAUUCAUUUCACUACCCAACCAACCACCGAAACCAAAAGCCAAAAGGAAUACCUCUGUAAUUUUUCGUAAUCCACAUUUUGCCCACAAAUCUCUGAAUAUCUUUUCACUGAAGUCCCUUAUUCUGAUCGAACAACCAUGUGUGGAGGUGCAAUUAUCUCCGGUUUCAUCCCCCCGACGCCGUCGCGUCGCCUGACGGCUGAUUACUUGUGGCCCGAUCUGAACAAAUCCGGGUCAAAAAAGGGGUCGGUUAAAAGGUACUCGAAGCCGGUGAUUGAUUUGGACGAUGACUUCGAGGCUGACUUUCAGGAGUUUAAGGAUGAGGAAUCCGAUGUCGAUGACUAUGAUGUUGAUGCUGUUAUGGCUGAUGUCAAGCCUUUUGCUUUCUCUGCUACAAAGAAACCAUCUUCUGCUGUCAAUCUUGAUUCAAGCUCUGUAAAAUCCGUGGAAUUCAAUGGUCAAGCUGAGAAAACUGCAAAAAGAAAGAGGAAGAACCAGUAUCGUGGAAUUCGACAGCGUCCAUGGGGUAAAUGGGCUGCUGAGAUCCGAGACCCAAGGAAAGGGGUUAGAGUCUGGCUAGGAACUUUUAAUACUGCUGAAGAAGCUGCAAGAGCUUAUGAUGCUGAGGCACGGAGAAUUCGGGGUAGGAAAGCAAAGGUGAACUUCCCUGAUGAGACUAUGCGUACUUCUUCAAAGCGUGCAGUUAAGACAAAUUCUCAGAAACCACUAUCCAAGUCAAAUUUGAGCCCCAUUCAACCUAAUCUCAACCAGAAUUUCAAUUACUUGAACAAACCUGAGCAGGACUACUAUGAAACCAUGGGUAUCAUAGAAGAGAAGCCACCAAUGGAUCAGUUUGCAUAUUUGGACCCUGUUCCUGCUUCUGUAGAUGUUGGAUUGAAACCCUUUGCUCAAUCUGAAGGCCCCUUGUAUUUUAAUUCAGACCAGGGAAGUAACUCCUUUGAUUGUUCUGACUUUGGCUGGGGAGAACAGGGUGUCAAGACUCCUGAAAUAUCAUCUGUUCUUGAAGCUUCAAUAGAGGGUGAUGAGUUUCUAGAGGAUGCAAACCCUAUGAAGAAGCUUAAACCAAGUUCUGAAAAUGUUAUGCCAACUGAAGACAAUUCUGCAAAGAGAUUGUCUGAUGAGCUAUUGGCUCUGGAUAAUCAGAUGAAGUACUUUCAAAUGCCAUUUAUUGAGGGGAACUGGGAUGCCUCAAUUGAUGCCUUUCUCAAUGGAGAUGCAUCUCAGGAUGGUGGAAACCCGAUGGAUCUUUGGAGCUUUGAUGACUUCCCUGCCAUGGAUGGGGUUGUUUUCUGAGCAAACUUUCUCUACUUGCUAGUUUUGUAAAUAAAGCAACAUGUUAUGCUCUCAGGAAUUGGUCAAUCUGUUGUGAAGUUGGAGUAAAACAGCUAUAGUUGCUUAUGCUAUGUCUGCAGUGCUUUCAGAGGCGUCUAUUAUAUUCACCUUUAUCUUUUAGACAUUGGACUUGGAAUUUUAAAUUUGAGUGACUGUAUCAGUACUGUGUUA